AUGGCCUCAGCGAGCGGAGCAACGAACUCGUCGGUUCCGCCGCUGCAGCAAAUUCACAGUUCGCGAACGAAGCUCGGCCACCAAAACAUCGAGUCCAUGAGCAAAGCCAUCGCGCAGUACACGGAGGAUGCGCGGCUGCACGCGGUGUUCGAACAGUCCGGUGAGUCGGGGAGGUCCUUCGACUACUCGCAAUCAAUUCGCAUCACAUCGGAAUCGGUGCCGGAGCAGCAGAUAACGGCUUACCUCCUUAAAAUCCAGCGCGGCGGCUUAAUCCAGCCGUUCGGCUCCAUGAUCGCUGUGGACGAGCCCUCCUUCCGCAUCCUCGCUUACUCCGAGAACGCGCGCGACAUGCUUGGCAUUACACCGCAGGCCGUCCCCUCUCUCGACGACAAGCUCGACGCCUUCAAGCUUGGCGCCGACGUUCGCACGCUCUUCACACACUCAAGCGCCCUCCUCCUCGAGAAGGCCUUCUCCGCGCGCGAAAUUAGCCUCAUGAACCCUAUCUGGAUCCACUCCCGAACCUCCGGUAAGCCUUUUUACGGCAUCCUACACCGGAUUGACGUUGGAAUUGUCAUCGAUUUGGAGCCAGCGCGCACAGAGGACCCCGCGCUGUCCAUCGCCGGCGCCGUUCAGUCUCAGAAACUCGCUGUCCGCGCGAUUUCGCAGCUGCAGUCUCUCCCCGGCGGUGAUGUUAAGCUUCUCUGUGACACUGUUGUUGAGAGUGUUAGGGAAUUGACAGGGUACGAUAGGGUUAUGGUUUAUAAGUUUCACGAGGAUGAGCAUGGGGAGGUUGUUUCUGAGAGCAAGAGGCCUGAUUUAGAGCCUUACAUUGGUUUGCAUUAUCCCGCCACUGAUAUUCCUCAGGCUUCUAGGUUUUUGUUUAAGCAGAAUAGGGUAAGGAUGAUUGUGGAUUGUCAUGCUUCUGCUGUGAGGGUGGUGCAGGACGAGGCUCUUGUGCAGCCUCUCUGUUUGGUUGGGUCAACGCUCAGGGCCCCCCAUGGUUGUCAUGCUCAGUACAUGGCUAACAUGGGGUCGAUUGCAUCUUUGGUCAUGGCUGUUAUUAUUAAUGGGAAUGAUGAGGAAGGUGUUGGUGGACGGAGUUCCAUGAGGCUGUGGGGGCUUGUUGUUUGCCAUCACACUUCUGCUAGGUGUAUUCCAUUUCCCUUGAGGUAUGCUUGUGAGUUUCUCAUGCAGGCCUUUGGGCUGCAGUUGAACAUGGAGCUUCAGUUGGCUGCCCAGGCGUUGGAGAAACGGGUUUUGAGGACGCAGACUCUGUUGUGUGAUAUGCUUCUUAGGGACUCGCCUACUGGCAUUAUUACUCAGAGUCCUAGUAUUAUGGACUUGGUGAAGUGUGAUGGAGCUGCACUUUACUACAAAGGGAACUAUUAUCCGUUGGGUGUUAGUCCAACUGAGACUCAGAUAAGGGAUAUUAUUGAGUGGUUAAUGGCCUUCCAUGGAGAUUCGACUGGUUUGAGCACUGAUAGUCUUGCCGAUGCUGGUUAUCCUGGAGCUGCCUCGCUCGGGGAUGCCGUUUGUGGGAUGGCAGUUGCUUAUAUCACGGAGAAGGAUUUUCUCUUCUGGUUCAGAUCACACACGGCAAAAGAGAUCAAGUGGGGUGGUGCAAAGCAUCAUCCCGAGGACAAGGAUGAUGGACAGAGAAUGCAUCCCCGGUCUUCUUUCAAGGCAUUCUUAGAAGUUGUGAAAAGCCGUAGCUUGCCAUGGGAGAAUGCGGAAAUGGAUGCAAUUCACUCCUUGCAGCUUAUUCUGCGUGAUUCAUUUAGAGAUGCUGAACAUAGCAAUUCUAAGGCUGUUGUGGAUCCCCGUAUGGCAGAACUAGAGUUGCAAGGGGUUGAUGAACUAAGUUCUGUGGCGAGAGAGAUGGUUAGAUUGAUAGAAACAGCCACUGCUCCUAUUUUUGCUGUAGAUGUUGAUGGCCACAUAAAUGGCUGGAAUGCAAAGGUGUCAGAAUUGACAGGACUUGCAGUUGAGGAGGCUAUGGGGAAAUCCUUGGUUCAUGAUCUUGUGUUUAAAGAGUCUGAAGAAAUCGUGGACAAGCUUCUAUCUCGUGCUUUAAAAGGUGAAGAAGAUAAGAAUGUUGAGAUAAAAAUGAGGACGUUUCACCCAGAACAUCAAAAUAAGGCAGUUUUUGUAGUGGUGAAUGCUUGCUCCAGCAAGGAUUAUACAGAUAAUAUAGUUGGAGUGUGCUUUGUUGGUCAGGAUGUUACUGGUCAAAAACUUGUGAUGGAUAAAUUCAUCAACAUACAAGGUGACUACAAAGCUAUUGUGCAUAGUCCAAAUCCUUUGAUCCCUCCUAUUUUUGCAAUGGACGAUAACACAUGUUGCUUAGAGUGGAACACAGCCAUGGAAAAGCUUACGGGUUGGGGUCGUGUGGAUGUCAUAGGAAAAAUGUUGGUGGGAGAUGUUUUUGGUAGUUGCUGCCAGUUGAAGGGUUCAGAUUCAAUAACAAAGUUCAUGAUUGUCUUACACAAUGCAAUUGGUGGACAAGAUACAGACAAAUUCCCUUUUUCAUUUCUUGAUAGGCAUGGAAAGUAUGUACAAACUUUCCUGACUGCAAAUAAAAGAGUUAACAUGGAUGGUCAGAUCAUUGGGGCUUUUUGCUUUUUGCAAAUUGUGAGUCCUGAACUUCAACAGGCUCUGAAGGCGCAGAGACAACAAGAGAAGACUUCCUUUGCUAGGAUGAAAGAGUUAGCUUAUAUUUGUCAAGGAGUGAAGAAUCCUUUAAGUGGCAUACGCUUUACGAACUCUCUUUUGGAGGCUACAGGAUUGACGGACGAGCAAAAACAGUUUCUUGAGACUAGUGCUGCCUGUGAGAAGCAAAUGUUAAAGAUAAUACGCGACAUUGAUCUUGAAAGCAUCGAGGAUGGGUCCCUGGAGCUUGAAAAGGGGGAAUUCUUGCUUGGAAAUGUCAUAAACGCUGUUGUUAGCCAAGUAAUGUUACUGUUAAGAGAAAGAACUUUACAGUUGAUUCGUGAUAUUCCUGAAGAAAUCAAGACAUUGGCUGUUUAUGGUGAUCAAUUGAGGAUUCAACAAGUGUUGGCUGAUUUCUUAUUGAAUAUAGUGCGCUAUGCACCAUCUCCAGAUGGCUGGGUAGAGAUUCAUGUACAUCCAAGAAUGAAACAAAUCUCAGAUGGGCUCACUCUUCUCCAUGCUGAAUUUAGAAUGGUAUGUCCCGGUGAAGGCCUUCCUCCUGAACUGAUUCAAGACAUGUUCAAUAACAGUCGGUGGGUGACUCAAGAAGGUUUAGGGCUGAGCAUGAGCAGGAAGAUUCUAAAGCUAAUGAACGGCGAAGUCCAGUACAUCAGAGAAGCAGAACGAGUAGAUGACAUGCUGUGUCGUCAAUAUGCACACCUUCAUGGCCAAGUGAAGUCUCCUGUGAAAAUUUUCAAGCAAAUGCUUACAACAUUAGCGGCUGCAGUGAACUUCAAUCUACAGUUGGAUUGA